ACAACCCCCAACAAGUCAUUGUAGCUGUCAAUCAUCGGGCGGCGCUCUUUGAUGUUGCGAGCCUUCGCCUUGUAUUGCAGCACAAAUGCACUAUUUGUUGCUGCUGGGCUACAAUACUUUCACUGUGAGGAAUCACUUCUCGGCGUAACAACUUUUUUUGUUUUGACUUGUUUUGUUAGGCUUUAUUUUCAAGUGCCCAUCCGCCCCCCUUUAAAAAUGCCCCAGCUGAACAGCGGCGGCGGUGAUGAUCUCGGGGCGAAUGAUGAAAUGAUCCCCUUCAAAGACGAAGGGGAACAAGAGGAGAAGAUACAAGAAAAUGCCUUCACGGAGAGGGAUUUAGCAGAUCUGAAGUCGUCUCUGGUCAACGAGUCCGAGAUCAGUCAAAAUCCACACGCUGCAGCUGAUCAGGGGGCAGUGAGGCGUUCGCAUCAUGAUGAAGAGAGGGGCUACACGGACAAACUCAGGGAACAGUCGGAGGAUGUGUCAAAGCAUCAGGAUGGUGGAAUGUACAAAACAUCACCUUAUUCAGGAUACCCCUUCUUGAUGCUCCCAGAUCCAUACCUUCCAAAUGGAUCCAUGUCUCCAUCUUCCAACAAAGUGUCAGUGGUACAGCAGUCUCAUGGAAUGCACCACCUCACGUCUCUCCUUCCAUACAGCAAUGAUCACUUCAACACAAAUUCACCACAUCUUCCUGCAGACAUGAGCCAGAAGCCAGGUGUCCACAGGCCUCCUUCUCAGGACCUCUCAGGGUUCUAUUCCUUACCUCCAGGUGGAGUUGGACAGAUUCCUUCAGCUAUGGGAUGGCAAAGCCAGCCUGUAUUUCCAAUUGCGCCAUGUGGAUUCAGGCAGUCAUAUCCUACCAGUCUUCCCUCAAGUUCCUCUUUCUCCAGGUUUUCUCAUUCCUUGAUGUUAGGCCCUCCAGGUAUGCACUCUACAGGGAUUCCACAUCCAGCCAUAGUGCCCUCAUCAGGCAAACAGGAGCAUGACCAGUAUGACAGAAAUACAUAUGCGAAACAACACCAGGAGCCAAAGCAAGAAAAAGAGCCCAAGAAGCCCGUUAUUAAGAAGCCACUUAAUGCCUUUAUGCUAUACAUGAAAGAGAUGAGGGCUAAGGUGAUUGCUGAGUGUACACUGAAGGAAAGUGCUGCUAUCAACCAAAUCCUUGGACGAAGGUGGCAUGCUCUGUCUAGAGAAGAACAAGCCAAGUAUUAUGAACUGGCCAGGAAGGAAAGGCAGCUUCACAUGCAGCUUUACCCAAGUUGGUCUGCUAGAGAUAACUAUCAGGUUGAUAGCACAUCCCAUAACAGAGACUGCCCUGUUAAUCAGCUUUUUGAUUCGGGUAAGAAGAAAAGAAGAAAAAGGGAAAAACAGCCAGACUCAAACUCAGACCCUGGCUCUCCUAAGAAAUGCCGAGCUCGUUUCGGCCUCAACCAACAAACGGACUGGUGUGGUCCCUGCAGGAGGAAAAAGAAGUGCAUUCGCUACCUUCAAGGAGAAGGACGGUGUGCCAGCCCCACUUCUUCCGAUGGAAGUACUAUAGACUCACCCAUCUCCCCUCAUGAAGCAAUUCCACCACCACAUCACAACUCAGAAAAGCUUGCUGACUCGCUGCCAAGAGAACAGCUCCCUUUUUCCAUUUUGGCAAGUGCCAAGCCUGUCAGACUUGUGCUACCGGACUUCCUCGGAGACCCCCUAUUGCACAGUAACCUUACACCAGCAGCCUCCAUCCUCAGUGUGCAGCAGUGCCAGAGCCGCAGAAAUCCAGUGCCACAUUCAAGAGAAAAAUGAAAAACUGACACCAUUAACAAGAAGACAAAGGCUUGGAGGCAACACACUGAGAACCUUUUUUUACCAGCGUUUCCUAGUAAUAUGACAAAAGUGCCAACAGCUGCUUGAGGGGGCAAUUUUUAUUGAUUUUUAUUACCUUUUGUGUGUGCCCUUGAUCUCCAGGCACUUGGGAACCUAGAGGACUUACUGACAAAACAUAUUUAAAUGCAUUUUUUUUUUUAAAUUGGAAAGGGCUGCAGAAUUAAUGCAGCAUAGCAUUUUAUUAAUUUAAUCUACAAAAAUGUAUGCAUUAUACCAAUUUAUAAGUAUUUGCUUUCAUUUCAAUAGAAUUGAGUAUUUCACUCUUUGUAUUAUUAACCAGACUGAAUACAGUAGGGGCCAAAGCUGGAUUUACAUCAUCUUGAAAUAAUUACACUGAUUUAUCAGUAAUCCUUACAAUUCCAGAAAGUAGGGAAUGCCAAAAAAAGUUUGCUCUUAAUGGAGGUGAAGAAUCCAGAAUGACAGUAUUAAGAUGAUGAUGAUGCAAUUUAUUAUUUUAACAUGAUUUUUUUCAACCCUCCAAUGAUUCCACCUUGAAAUAUAUUCUGAAUUCUAAAAAUUCAUGCAGGUGGACCUGGGAUGUGGUGAAAUUAGCCAAGCAACAAACUUGCAGACAUGAAUUUAUUUUCUAUGCUAAAGUGAAAGCUUCUGCUUUGCGUAACUGACUCAAUGCGUUUUAAUUGUUUUUUCCCUUUUGUAUCAUCAGGACAUGUAUAAAUAAAUGACGGUGUAGCUGUCAAUGUGAAGCUGAGCUUUAGCAAUGGUGCUGCCUAUGACCACAGACGUAAUCCCGACAGGAUUAGCCCAGCCUAUGGCGUUACAUUGUGCACUACAUUUGUUAGUGGAUUUUGCUAAUCUUACAGGUCUCCGUUUGAGGCAAUGGCUGAUUUGAAAGCUUCAUAAAACAGAGAAAAGCACUGCUAACCUUCUCUAAGCAUAACCAAAAGGAUGCUGUAGUUUUAUAUGUGGACCUUGGUCAAAAUUUGACCUUACUGAUGCUUUAUUUUCCAAAUACUUUUGUUUUAUAUGAAAAAAAUGCCUUGCUUUUCUUUUAGUCCUGUAAAACUUUUUCCAUGCCUUUAAAAAAAAAUGCUUAAAAAAACAA